AUUGGUUGCAAACUUAUCAGAGAGAUCGGAGAGAGAAAAUGGGAUCAUUAGAAGUUAAGACAUUACUAGAAGGCCAAGCAGAAGUAUGGCAAUACAUGUUUGGCUUUGCAGACUCCAUGGUUUUGAAGUCCGCUGUGGAGCUUCGCUUAGCUGACAUUAUACAUUCCUAUGGUGGCCCAAUUUCUUUGCCCCAAAUCGCCUCAAAAAUUGACUCCACUUCACCAAACAUUCCCUACCUUGGUCGCAUCAUGAGAAUGCUUGAGCGCAAAGGAGUUUUCAAGGCACAUCGUCCAUCAGAAGGAGGUGACACUACCUACGGGUUGACUCAUAUAUCAACAUGGCUUCUACACGACUCGGAGCUCAGUCUUGCUCCAAUGAUACUAAUGGAAAACAAUCUAUGGCAAUUAGCACCGUGGCAUUAUCUCAGCCAAUGUGUCAAACAAGGUGGAAUUGCUUUCAAGAAGGCGCAUGGGUGUGAGAUGUGGGAUUUCGCAUCACAAAACCCCAAAUUCAACAAGCUGUUCAAUGAUGCCUUGGCAUGCACGACCAAGAUUGUGAUGAGGGCAUUUUUAUCACAAUAUAAAGAUGGGUUUAACAAUGUCCGAUCACUGGUUGAUGUGGGUGGUGGCACCGGAGGCGCGCUGGCCGAGAUUUUGAAAACCUAUCCACACAUUAAUGGUAUAAACUUUGAUCUGCCACAUGUUGUAGCUACAGCUCCUAAAUAUGAUAGGGUCCAAAAUGUCGGAGGUAACAUGUUUGACGCCAUUCCUAAAGCAGACGUCAUUUUCAUGAAGUGGAUACUGCAUGAUUGGAGUGAUGAAGCUUGUGUGAAGGUUCUGAAAAAUUGUAGGAAAGCAAUACCGGAGGAAACUGGGAUGGUUGUUCUAGUUGAAAUCGUUCUACAGGAAGAUGGUGACAACAUGUUUGGGAACAUGGACUUAGUAUUUGAUCUACUAAUGUUUGCACACACUACAGGCGGAAAGGAAAGGACUGAAAAAGAAUGGAAAAAAUUAUUGGAGGAAGGAGGCUUUCCUCGAUACAACAUCAUCAACAUCCCAGCUUUACCAUCCAUCAUUGAGGCCUAUCCACUGUAACAUCAUUGAUAUAUUGUUGUUGUCUGUCAAGCCAUCUGUUUGCGAGCAAGGCCAGGGAAGUUCCUUCGGAUCAGUCGAGCUUUUCCCUCUCAGAAUAAAUUAAUAAAUACUUUUCAAAAGUAGUAUAAUAUUCCACUAAAAAAAAUAAUAAUAACAAAAUUGUUGUUUGUCAAUGAUGGCUUAAUUUGAGCAUUUUUUGUGAAGAACAUGUUUGUGCUUUCAAGUACAAUGUGGUUUGUGCAGUUUCAAUUGGAAGAAAAUAUAAAGGCCCUGAUUGUUGAUUGCCA